AUGUCUGAAGAACAUAAACAAUUAAACAGUAAUCCAGAAAUUUUAUUACGUAAAAGAAGAAAUGCUGAUAGAACUAGGUUAGAAAAGCAAGCUUUGGCUAACAAAAAACAACAAUUGGCCAGGAGUAAGAAAUCAGCUGGGAAAAAUAAAUUUAUAAGAGCUGAAACCAUUGUGGCAACCACUUUAGCCACCACAAGAGAAAAGGAGAGGGUUAAACGUAUUUCUAAAUUGGAACACAAGAAGUCUAGAAAAGAAACAGAACAUAUACCAUCUGACAGAGAUUUUAUCUUGAAAAUUACUGAAGUUGAACCAACUGAAGAAAAUAAAGAUGGCUUAAUCAAGGAAAAAAUUGAAUAUGAUGGUAAGGAAUGUUUAUUGUUUGUUAUUAGGAUCAGAGGGCCUGUCGCCGUCAAAAUGCCUCGUAAAGUUUUCACUAUUUUAAAAUUGAUGCGUUUGUUGGAGUUAAAUACUGGUGUUUUUGUUAAAUUAACUACACAAGUUUAUUCAUUAUUGAAAUUAAUAUCGCCAUAUAUUAUUAUUGGCAAACCUUCUUUAGCAUCUAUUCGUUCUUUAAUUCAGAAGAGAAGUAGAAUCAUGUAUGCAAGGGAAGGUGAAGAGCCAAAGGAAACCAUCUUAAACGAUAAUUCUAUGGUUGAAGAAAAAUUAGGUGACCAAGGUAUUAUUUGUAUCGAGGAUAUCAUUCAUGAACUAUCUACAUUGGGUGAAUCAUUUUCCAAGUGCGCCUUUUUUCUGUUACCUUUUUCCUUAAAUAGAGAAGUUUCUGGGUUCGGUGCUUUGAGCAGUCUAAAAAAACUGAAAUUAAGAGAAAAAAAUAACAAAUUAUUAGAAAAUUCAAACAGUUCUACCGCUCCAAUAGUUGAAGUAGAUAUUGAUGCUUUUAUUUCCAGGUUGAAUUAG